AUGGUAUCCUCACCCAAAUCACUGGCUGGCUCGGGCUAUGUCAUCCUCAACGUGCUGAAGGGCAUGAACAUGAUCGGACUGCUGGCUAUCAUUGCUGCAAGCGUUCUCAUGCUCAUCAAGACAACAACAGACUCAGGCUUCUUCUUCUUCGAUGCUGUCAUCCAUGUCGUGGUUGCAUCUGUGGCCAUAUUCCUGAUCGUCUCAGAGAUUGGUGUAUUCAGUGCUUACUUUGCUCGUAACUGGCCCUUGCUCAGUCUGGAACAUGGUUUCGUCGGCCUUGCUUCAGCUAUGAUCAUACUUGGUAUGCACGUUUUGGCCUGUCUCAACAACUCCAGCAACAGCAAAAAGCAUCUCGGCUUAGCAUUCUGGCGAGUUGUAAUCAUGGCAGGUAUUCUGAACCUCAUUCUCGGCAUCCUCAAUCUGAUCGCAAACUACGUGUUCCACGAUCACAGUCAGGGAAUCACAGCCCGCCAGGUUCGCGCACGAGGAGCU